AUGGCGCCCGCCAAUCAGAUUUUGGUGCUGAACCUGGCCAAGGACUACGUGCACGACUGUAUCCCCGUGGCUGCGGCCUGUGUGAAGCGCCUUGGUACCAAGCUCGGGGCCGAGGUCGUCGUGUCUGAGACGGCAGAGCCUUACUUUGAUACUAUCGAAGAACUGGGCAAGUUCAACGUGCUCGUCUUCAACUCCAACUCGGGUGAGCUCUUCAACAACACACAAAAGGCCGUCUUUGAAGAAUACGUUCGUGGUGGCUACGGCAGCCUCCUCGGCCUCCACUCUGCCACCGCCGCCUUCCUCUCGGGUGCCGACGCCUCGGGUGCCACCGUCAUGGCCACCACCUACCCCUUUUUCGCCGACACCUGGGGCGCCUCCUUCACCGACCACCCCCCGAUUCAGGAUGGCGUCGUCUACACCGACCGCGAAGCCUGCACCGCAGUCGGUCUCGACCUCCCCACCUCCUACCCCACCUCGGACGAGUGGUACAACUUUGAUCGCAACCCCACUGAAAACGAUAAAAUCUCCAUCCUUGCCUUUGCCGACGUCUCCAAGAUCACUGGCAACAAAAUGGGUGAGCAUCACCCCCUGAUCUGGUGCCACAAGGCCCUCGAAAAGACCCCGGUGUUCUACACGGCCCUGGGCCACCAUGCCGAGGCUUACGAGUCGGAUGAGACGGUGAUUGAGAUGGUUCGCGCCGGUCUCAAGUGGUGUCUCGACCAACAGGGCACCUCGGAACAUGUGGCCCACUAAGCCACCCGUGAAGCUGGCGCCCCUACUCUGCUCGGAGUAUACACAUGGUAGCCGCGAGGCCCCUAUUGUUCUCUGUCGAUAUUUUGUUCUUCUUUGACCUUUCUUUGCCCGUGAUACGUGCAAAUUUUCCGUGCGCGGUCAAGCGUGUUGGACGCCCUUGCGUGCCCCGCUUUCCGUGUGCUUGUUUGACUCUUUUUUUUUUUUUUGUGUGUGUGUGUAUGAAUGAUGUUCCUUUAGCAGUGCGAAGCAGCAUACACAGUGGACUUUGACAAAAAUGUGUGAUGCCUUGUCCACGGUUUUCUUCCCGACCCAUUAGCUUUGGUGUGAAACGACCCGCCCGUGCCCGUUUCAAGGGCGUGGGCUCUAGUCAAUCGACUUUGGCAAAACGC